UUUGGGGCAUCUUUUAAGAUGAAAAUCAGGUAGCCAAAAAACUCUAGAAAACCACAUGUGUUCUAGGAUGUGUCCAUUCCAUUAAAGAAAUCCCACAAAAGCAGCCCGUGGUAGAAGGUAGCUGCUUUUUAUCUUGGAUUUUUUUGGUCAGAAGUUUAUAGCCUUGAAUAUACCCCCAAAAAAAGGGCUAAAUCUCAAAGACAAGAAAUGUAAAAAGAGACAAAGAGUGGGAACUAAGAGAAGAAAAAGUAGGAAAGGUACAUACUUGAUGGGGGUAUAUGCAAGAAAAAAGAGGUACAUGGACAUGGGUGUUCCUCUUUUAAGUUUCAAUCAAAAUGUUUGACAAAACACACAUGAUGUCCACCUCCCCCUUUUCCUUUCUCUUUCUAUCUCUCUCCAAGUCUUACAAUAUUAUGACCCUGUAACUGUAAAACAGUGGUACUUGUUGUAUAUAUUUCAGCUUUGGAUUGCUGAGUGCAUUUAUUACAAUAUACAUCAAUAUUUCACCUCUCUUUCUAUCAACCCCACGAGAAGUAAAUUCUCAAAACAAAAAUGGAGCCUCCAAAAUCAGAGCCAUCUCUCUCUGAAACUUCAAGCAUCAUCUCAGUAUCAAAUGGCCCAGCUGCAAGCUUGAGAACCUCAAUGGAUAGCCAGAAAGAAGGAAAGCAACCAGAAGAAGAAGACCAUGAGCACCAAGGAGAUGUGAACUAUGAGCAUCUUGUAUUGGAUCUGAGCCUCUCCAAGAGAGAUGACUCGAAUUCGAAUCAAGAGUUGAAGCCAGAACUCAAUCUCAUCGACUGUUUCAAGACUGAUUCAUCUGAUGAUCAAGAUUCUUUGGAAACUCCUCAAGGUAAUGAAGCUGAGCCUAGAGUAUUUUCCUGUAACUAUUGCCAAAGAAAAUUCUAUAGCUCACAGGCUCUAGGAGGGCACCAAAAUGCACACAAGCGAGAAAGAACACUAGCAAAACGAGGGCAGCGGAUUGGUGCAGCCUCUUUUGCAGCUUUCGGUCACCCCAAUACACAUCCUAGUCGAUAUUCUAGCAUGGCUUCCCUUCCUUUGCAUGGCUCUUUCCAUAAAUCACUUGGAAUUCAAGUGCACUCUAUGAUCAACAAGCCAUCUUUUGUUCCACCGGCACACAUUUAUGGGCAUAGCGGAUGGUCUAGACGGCCUAUUGGCCAAAAACCGGCAAUCGGGCAUCUUUCAAUGGAGAAUUCUCAUAAGGGAAUUAAUGCUGGAUCAUCAGCAAGUAAUGGUGCCGCAAGAUUCGAAAGUAAUGUACGAAAGUUUGGUACAGCCUCGGAGGGGAUGGCUGGAUAUUGGUGGGAUAGUGUUAAUCAUUUCAACACUAAGCAAGAUGAAUUGAAGCUUGACUUGUCUUUGAAGCUCUAAGUAGUCUAGUUUUACUCUUCCUCUUCUUUUUUCCUUUGAUUUUUAGUUGGACCUGUUGUAAAUGCAUUUUGGUUACGGAAAUCUUCAAGAGAUUUUGCUAUUUGCAAUUCUGAAGUUGGAAAAACUUUCCCAAUUCUAUAAAAACGUGAAAAU